GCAACGGGAUUAUCUUCCUGGACACAGUUUCGCACAGUUUAUCAUGUCAAAUAAAAAAUAUUUUCAAUUUUCCUUAAGUCUAAUUGUAUUAUUAGCAUGGGUGACCAUAUAGAGAUUUCGUCGAGCUCAGACGAGGAUGAACUUGUUGCAGAAGUGUGUCGGUUGAGAAAAGCCAACCAAAUUCUAAAAGCACAUUGCUGCAAGUAUCAGAGUGAUAUCGUUAAGCUACAGGAAAAAGUGAAUAAAUUGGAGCGAGAAAAGCAGGAAAGUCGUAUUUUGAUCUCACAGAAUCUACUCAAGCACAGUGAAUUAACAGUUCAGCUCAUGUCCAAAAUCUCCAGGAGAGAACCGUCUGUUGAGCCUGAUUUCUUACAGUUACCAUCGCCGCGAUUACCAGUCCAGUGUGUUCAAAUCCCCGACCACCUAUUCGUCGUAUCCUUAUACAAGAGAAUGUCAAUGCAGUGAAAUCUUCUGUAAUGAAGAAUGGUAGACCUCGGAGACAGGCUGCUCCGAGCAAUCUCCGGGAGCGAGAUUUACUUUCAAAGCUCAGAUAUUAACUAUCGGUUACAUUUUGAAAUCACUUUCCAGGAAUUCCAGUGGAAGGAGCCGUUUAGGCUGCGUAUCUCACUCAUGAACUGUCAUAUUCAAAGCCUCCUAAAAUUCCACCGAUAACAGUUAUUGUGCCAUUCUCUUAUAUUUUAUUGAAUAUUUUACACAAUUUGCAAAUUUCUCAAGCUGUGUGUCCGACAAAAGGCGUGCUUGGCGAGAGAAAAUGUCCCAAUUUGCGUACAUAAACGACAUCAAUAGUGCUCUUGGGGGAAUGGAUGGUGACCUGACACGUGGACCAAUGCCUAGAUGGCAGAAAAAGCUGGAAACAUCUAGCACUUCAUCGCACAAUUCGAGUGUAAAUAACUCGAAGCUUUCCGUGUCAUACAACAACGCUUGUGCCGGCAAUGGUGUUUCUGUUCCCGGAAAGACGCCCAACAAGGGCUCCAGCAGAAAGACUCCAACGGGAAAAACCCCGGGGAAAAAGACACCAGGAUCUAAGGAUCGAUCCAAAACUUCAACGGGCGGUGGAGAUCGAUUUAUUCCCAGCAGGGCAACGUCCAACUUUGAAUUGGGGCACUACAUGAUCAACAAGGAGCAACAGAAGGAUUCCCAGGAGGAAGAAAACGGCCAGGCAGACAAUACAAAACGUUCAGCAGCUCAGGCGGAGCAGAGAAAGUUAUUGGCAGAAACGAUUCCAGGUGCAAAUGGGGAAGCACCUUCCCAGAGAAUUCUAUCGUACCAGAUUAAGGCUCCUUCUGCUCCAGAUUCGCAUCAGAAUCCCCUGAAAGUGGUGUACUCUACGAAGACGCCUGUAUCCACAAAGAGUGGAUCACGGUACAUUCCUCAUGCUCCUGAACGCAUUCUGGACGCUCCGGAUAUCAUCAACGAUUACUACCUCAACUUGAUGGACUGGAGUGAGAGUAACGUUGUAGCAAUUGCCCUAGGAAAUUGCAUUUAUUUGUGGAAUGCAUCAAAUGGGAAGACUGAUCAAUUGCUGGAGCAUGAUGAGGGAGAACAUGCGUGUUCUCUUUCGUGGAUACAGGGUGGUAAUAUUUUGGCCGUGGGAAAUAAUUCGGGCGUAGUUGAACUCUGGGAUUGUGCUGUGAAGAAGCGUCUCCGUGUGAUGGAUGGCCAUGAAAAUCGUGUAGGAGUCCUGGCCUGGAAUUCAUAUAUUGUUUCUUCCGGUAGUCGGGAUGGAAAUAUUGUUAAUCAUGAUGUUAGAACGCGUCAGCACUGUGUGAAUCGCUUGAGUGGGCACACGCAGGAAGUUUGUGGUUUACGCUGGGCUCCGGAUGGAAGACACCUGGCGAGUGGAGGCAAUGAUAAUUUAGUGAAUGUAUGGCCACAGGCAAGUGGUGGAAGUCAUUCGGGGGAUCAAGCACUGUAUACGUUCAGUGACCAUCAGGCAGCUGUUAGGGCACUAGCCUGGUGCCCAUGGGCUCCCAAUGUUCUAGCUACUGGAGGAGGCACAGCUGAUCGCUGUAUAAAGUUCUGGAAUGUCAACAAUGGCACUCUGAUGGAUUCCAUCGAUUCCAAAUCUCAGGUUUGUGCUCUGCUCUUCUCCAAGAUUUACAAGGAACUCAUCUCUGCCCAUGGCUAUGUAAACAAUCAACUCACCAUCUGGAAGUACCCAUCGAUGGUGCGCCAGGCAGAACUAACUGGACAUACAGCGCGAGUUCUGCAAAUGGCAAUGUCUCCGGAUGGAAGUACAGUUAUCAGUGCGAGUGCAGAUGAGACUUUGCGUUUGUGGAAUUGUUUCGCUCCGGAUCCAAAUCAGGCCAAGAAGGGCAAGACUGCGUCAACUGUGCGUUCCCAGAGUGUUUUUAGGACCAGUAUCAGAUAAGUCUCCUUAUUUCAUUGUCUUUUUUUUUUCUUGUGCACACUGCCAUUAUCUUUUACCCUUCAAUUUCUGACCACGAUUGUGCAAAUUCAAAAAAAAAAAAACCCUUCCAUAUUUGACAACUGCAAUGGACAUUUAAUUGCAACUUUUCUACAAUUAAAAUUCAGACGAGAUUUAAAUAAUUAAAAAGUAUUAAAAAUUGCAUGAAGUAACUUCCUCCAGGAGUUGUGUUCAAAUUUGAUUUGUGAAGUGGAAAUUAAAAAAAAAAAUUUUUAAGUCUAUUGAUAUUAUUGACAAGAUUUUCAUAUGUGAGUUUUUUUUUCGAAGUGAAAAUAAAUAGAUUUUUGUAGUA